GCCAUGGUUAUGUGUAAACUGAAGGUUUUCAUUUAGAGGCUUUUUAGCUCUCUGAAGUCUCUCUGCUACAUUAUGGCCUUCUUCGGUUUGACAUAUCUGGGUUAUCAGAACCCAAUAGGCGACAGAAUGAUACUGAAUCCCCGGGGACCGUCUUAUCCGAACGGUGGCAACAGUAAUAUCAAAGCAGGAAUACCUCCUUCUCUUCAAGAACAACCAGGACCUCUCAGAUGUAUACAGGAUUGCCAAGUUUCCCACCAGCCUCUUCCUUACAGCUCUGACAUCCACCAUGGGAGCCAUGAGAGAUACAAAGGGAUGGUCAAGCGGCUUCAAACGCCCAGAUCUCCUAACCAGCUCUACAUGAUGCCUCUGACAGAGAGCCAGCAGUAUGGGUGGAUGGUGUCCGAGAAGCCUGAGCCGUGGACGCAAAUCAGGCGGUUUCCACGAAAGAACAGUGAGAUGACCAAGUUUGUUAAAGAAAUGUUCAAGACAGACCGGGACUUCAGCCUAAUCUGAAAGCUUUAGACAUUUUUCCUCUUCCCUAGUCGGACGCACAUUCCCUCACACAUGAGAACAGCAGCAAAUUUGAUGUGUGUGUAUGUGAAAUUAAACUGAUAGCAGGCACACUUUUAAAGAGAUUUGUUGCCUCGUGCAAUGAUGUUAAGUCUACUUUUGUAAUGAGCUCUUUUUGGGGGGUGUUUUGCUGUUUUUUUUUACAUUUCAGUCAUUGAUCUGCAUGGCAGCAGUAAUAAGAACUGGUCAAAUUCUCUAAAUAGAAAGGAAAGGUGUUUCGGUGCUUCCUUUAUUACCUUCUUAAACAGAGGAUACACUGGAGCAUGCUUUAUGAAUGGAAAGGAGAUAAUACAAAUUAAGUUCAUUUUUUAUUUCAUGCCAAAGCUUGCUUUUAUGUUUUGAACCUUCAACAACAGGUUACAUUAAACUCACAGGUGAGUUUCUUAUGAAGUUGUUGCCUCGUGUGAAAAAAAGCUCCAUAAU